GUUGGGGGAGUUGAUGAAGGUGGGUCGGUCCAUCCUGGAGGGGAGGAGGGGGGGUGCCGGAGGAACAGAGUCCGGGAUAGAGGAAGGAAACUCAAAGCUGCCGGACACGUACCUACCCCCGUGAGGAGGAGUGGACUGACCCGGGAAGUGCGCGCUCCUCCAGGGAAACUUUCCAGCGAAGUUAAAAAAUGUCGCCUCACCUGUCAGAUCCCCGCACCGCUACUUUGAGCUAGUUCACCGCUAAUGGAGAAAUGGCGACGCAGCUGAAAGGAACCGGGAGCGAACUUUUAGAAGUUGACAUCAGCGACUCGGGAGGCGGCUUCGUGUCCGAGGACGAGAGCGACGUGUUCGUCAACUCCGCCGCCGCCGUGCAGGAGGACUUCUCCGGCUUCCAGCGGUGGUCGAGCCCCGCCGCCGCGUCCCCGAGUGACACAUCAUCACCUCCGGGACGACAGGAGCAGCUCCCCGGCGGGGGCACGGCUCCACCGCCGCCGCCGCCGCCGCCGCCGCCGCCGCUGCCUGGCACCCGGGCUGCCGACAACAACAACUCCGAGUCCCGCUGCGAUGCCCUCCGAGCCCCGAGGAGCUCCAUCGUGGACUGUCUCCUGGUCGAGCUGUACGAGACGUACAGCGGCCGGAGGAACGUGGACAGCUGGGACAGCUCCACCGAGGCGUCCGGGUCCGAAUGCUUCCUGGGCCGCAGCAACUCCGGGUCCAGCUUCCUGCAGGAGCUCCAGGAGAAGCACACCCGGCGGCAUCAGAUGAACUACCUGGCCCAGAAAGCCCCGGCAGAGCUGCAGUCCAUCAUCCAGGAGGUGAAGUAUCGCACCGGCCUGCAGUCGGCCAAGCUGCUCCGCCAGCUGAAGAGACGAGACCGACUCUGUCACAAGCUGCAGAAGAACUACGACAUCAUCACAGCGUGUCUUCAAGCCGUGUCUCCCAAACGACGAGUCGACACGAGGCUGAAGUUCACCAUCGAACCAUCGGUGGGAAAGAAUGGAUUCCAGCAGUGGUACGACGCUCUUAAAUCAGUGGCCAGGCUUUCUACUGGGAUACCAAAGGAAUGGAGGAAGAGGGUCUGGCUAACUCUCGCGGACCAGUACCUCCACACCAUCUCCAUCGACUGGGACAAGACGCUCCGCUUCGCCUUUAACGAGCGAAGCAACCCGGACGAUGACUCCCUCGGCAUCCAAAUCGUAAAGGACCUGCACAGGACGGGCUGCAGCUCGUACUGUGGCCAGGAGGGGGAGCAGGACCGGGUGGUGCUGAAGAGGGUGCUGCUGGCCUACGCCCGCUGGAAUAAAAGUGUGGGCUACUGCCAAGGAUUCAAUGUGCUGGCUGCUCUCAUCCUGGAGGUCACAGAGGGCGACGAGAGCGACGCACUGAAGGUGAUGAUCUACCUGAUUGACAAAGUGCUGCCAGAGAGUUAUUUUGCCAACAACCUUCGAGCAUUGUCAGUGGACAUGGCCGUUUUCAGAGACCUUCUGCGUGUGAAGCUGCCCAGACUCUCCCAGCACCUGCACCACCUUCAGAAAGCAGCCAACAGAGACGCUGGAGGCAGUUACGAGCCUCCGCUGACCAACGUCUUCACGAUGCAGUGGUUCCUCACCAUGUUCGCCACCUGCCUGCCGGCCUCCACCGUGCUGAAGAUCUGGGACUCGGUUUUCUUCGAGGGGUCAGAGGUGCUGUUUCGAGUCGCCAUCGCCAUCUGGGAGCGACUGGGAGAGAGGAUCGAGUUCUGUCAGUCAGCCGACGAGUUCUACAGCACCAUGGGAUGUCUCACUCAGGAGAUGCUGGAGCACAACCUCAUCGAACCCGCUGAGCUCAUGCAGGAGGUUUACUCCAUGGCAGUGUUUCCUUUCCCUCAGCUGGCUGAGCUCAGAGAGAAAUACACGUACAACAUCACUCCGUUCCCAACCGCAGUCAAAUCCAAUGGAAGUGGGGGUCUGGGCAGCUGGGAGAGCGAUGAUGAUGCCGACAUGGACGACGAGGACUCUGUGGUGACUGCACUGGGUUGUCUGGGGCCCCUGGGAGGCCUGCUGGCCCCCGAGCUGCAGAGGUAUCAGAAACAUCUGAAAGACCAGCGAUCAGAGCAGGGAAACUUCUCCGAGCAGCCCGGCGCGGUGGGAGCCGGAGGAGCAGGAGGCGCAGGAGGAGGCGCCAGGGCGGAGCACCAAGCUGCCAUCAACAGCAUGAUGAUGGAGAGGAUGAGCACCGACAUCUACGCCCUCAAGAAGCAGUACACCCGCAUCAAGAGGCGGCAGCAGCAGCAGGCGAUGCAGCUGUACAUACGCACAGGAUUUGGACCUGAAGCUCCCACUCGUCCAGGAGUUCUCCCGGAGCCUCACAGCGACCGCACCGACCACCGAGCCGAGGACAAGUGCCCGGCCACACGUGUCCUCGCCUCCCAGCUCAACCCGUCCAGCGCUGUGAUCAACCACCUCCUUCUGGGCCGCACGCCGACCGGAGGCCCCCGGGGCUCCAGACCCACGUCCACCACGAGCCCCUCCGCUCUGCCAGGGGUUCGACCGGCUCUCCUGCCCCAGGGUCAGGGCUCCCCGGCCCGGCAGCGCUUGGGCUCGCUGCCCUCCACCGGAUCCCCGGGCGGGUCACCGUGGCGUGCUCAUGUCCGGGUGCAUCGGAGGAACAUGGCCAGAGCUCGAGCACAGCUGGGCUUUGGGGAUUCAGAGGAAAGGGACGAUGAGGAGGAGGAGGAGGAGGAGGAGGAAGGAGGAUCAGUGAGGUUGGAGAGUGAAGAGGAGGGGAGGAUUGAGGAGGAAGAUGACGAUGAGGAGCAGAAGGAUGGAGGAGACGGCUCUGUCUCUCCAUCUCCUGAUGUCUCCCGUACAGAGUCUGUCUGUGAGGAAGCUCCACCGGCUGCAGAGGAGACGAAGGCAGCGGGGGUGUCGGAGGUGAUGGUGCAACUGGCGUUUCUGGAGAUAGAGGACGAGUCCAGCCUGAGCCCCCCCGCCGCCCAGUUCCCUCUGCUCCCCCCUCCUCCUCCGUCCUCACGCAGACACAAAGAGUCCGACUCCUCCGGUUCAGAGAGAAUCACCGGCUCUGACUCGGCUGCUUCUCCUGCAGCUCACCACUCCUCCAACUCCUGCCUCCCUUCUCCCACCUCCAGUCCGCCCCCCUCCCCCUCCCCCUGCUCCCUCUCUCCGACACCAGACUCCACAUCCUGUCUUCCCUCCUCUUCAUCAGCCCACAGCUUGUCUGCUCUCUCCCUUCCCGCCUCCUCCACCUUUUAUAAAACCCCCUGCCCCUCCACGCCCUCUCUCUCCUCUGUCUCCUCCUCCUCCAAAUCACACAUCUCCUCCUCGCCGUCAACGCCAGCGCUCAACUCCUCCGCCUCCUCCUCCGCCCCGAAGCAGCAAGUCUUCUCCCCGUUCCCGAGCGUGAAGCAGCCCAGGAAGUCGGCCGCAGCCAGAAACCUCGGCCUCUACGGGCCCACGUCCAGAACGCCCACCGUACACUUCCCCCAGCUCAGCCGCAACAUCAACUGCAGUACUGCCACCGCCACCACCAGGAGGCGAUGAAGACCCAAACACUUCCUCACUGAUGCUGGAAACACACACACAGUGAAUCAUUCAAUUUAAUUUCACCACGUUGCCUCCUGCGAAAACAACCUACGUCUUAUUUAAAGUAGAGAAGUGUAAAGUUAAACUCUGUGGAGAAAUCGCUUAGUCAUCGAAACCUGUGAUGGGAAGACGGGGGGGCACAAAGACUAAAGGGUUCAUCCUGUGGAACUCACAAGCCAUUUCAGACGAAUAUUAUAGAAAUAGUCCCAGUAUCAGACUCUUUACUGGGACCAAUGCAGCUUCUUCUCAACCAUAAUCUAUUCAUCACAAAUAAGAUAUGAAAGUAAAAUGUUCUAUUGACUCUCGACAAAGUUCCUGGAUUCUCUCUGGACCGACGCACGAGGAGACGCUGCUCUGGACUCACACAUUUAUCAACACAACCCUUUUUCCUGUGCGAGUACACAACAGCCAUCCGGUUGUUUCUAUGCCAAGUAUUUAAAGAAUUGACUCCACCAGUUUAUUUAAGUUAAGAAUCGAAGCCCGAUCUGAAGAGUCGUUAACUUAUUUUGUUUUCUUGUCCGUGUCUCCACCGUUGAACACGAGGAAUGUAAAGUCAAUUUAAGUUUGUCACUCAUUACUACCCGUGCUAUGAAAACACAUUUAAAUUCACCAGAUGCAGAUUUUAAUUUGUAUCUGCACCAAAGUUCACACACUCGUAAAAAUGAAACCCCUAAAAGUUUCUGGUUUUCAUUAAGAUCCAUGAAAUUAUUCUCGAUCUCGCUGAUUUCGGAACUUCCUCCACAAAAUCCCAUGGACAUCGGUUCCAUUGUGUUUGUGUAGUCCUGCUGAAUGAAACUUCACACAAUCUACACACAAGACGAGGUUUCAUUCAGGAUCAUAACUGUAUUUAAGUGUUGUUAUAAAUAUGCAGUAACUGGAAUGUGUUGCUUUAUAAGGCAGAGGCAGAAAAAACUACUGAUAUCACGUCUUACUUUGAAACUUGUCCCCGAGCUCUGAAUGGAGUCCACUGGGGGAAAUGCAAAUAAAUGUGCGGAGAUGGAAAAAAUCCCAGUGUGGUCAUUUGUGUCAUGUGAUGGAAU